AAAUUGUAUACAAGGAUGGAUAAAAUUCUUCUCUGAUGAAGAGGGGAAGCUUUUUAACCUGGGGAGCACGCGCUGAAUGCGUGUGUAUUGAAAUUGUCUUUUGAGCAGAGUGGCGUCGCGACGCUUGCGCGACGUUCUCAACAACGAUCAGCUGGCUUCUUGUGGGAUUGAAACUAUAACAUCAGUAGCAAACGUUUCGCGCAGCUCGACGGCACCCACUACUAUUUUCCAACCCCUUCUCUCUCCGUCUUUUUCCCUCUCAUAUGUGAGUCCUCAAUCGCUCACGCCACGGUGGUGCAGCCGUAAACCGCAUCGGUCGAUCGAAACCAGGCACAUCAAACUAAACUAAAAAGCUUAACAGAAAAAUGAUUAAAAGAGCAUACUGGUAAUAUGUAUUGUAUGGGAAAAAUAUUGAGAUUCGAUCGUUACCAUAAUGAUGGCAGGGUGUUGUUGUUAUCAUUUUUUUACGACACUGUCUGAAUCAUUGGGAAGUUUUUGACUGCAAGUAACAACAACAACAUCACAGAGAGGACUCCAGAAGGAGAGGGAAGGAAGCACGGAUACCACGAGGACGCUUCGGACGAACAUCGGACGUCGUCUUGGUUUAUUCGAAACUUAUUUCCAUUCGAAUGCUACAAAAGAGACAAGAUCACGUCACAGCAUCCUGGGUACGUCGACGACCACCACGUCGUCGGCGACGUCGAAUAUGACAAAGUGUUUCCACCUGAUGAUGGUGAUCAUCUGCCUGAUUACCAUCUGUUUUGAUCAUGCAACAGCGAGAUCCUAUCAACCAAGGCAGAUCCCAAACAAUAAUAAUAAUGAAUACCCAAUGCGUCAAUCAGUGGGGGAUGAUUAUGAAUAUCCACUUGAUCCUGGUCAACCUUUUCCGGGCACAAAGUUUGGUCCCAUGGGCCCCAUUGACAGGGAUGAUUUUCGAAUGUCCAAGGAAAUAAGAAAUUUGGCAAGUGACACUGGUACCACAGCACCAAUUGCUACAAGUAGUCCUUCACCUAAGGAAUAUGCCAUCUUCUCCGUGGAAUUUCACCGCGUGGAAACUCCGUUUGUCAUCGGACUUUGGAUAUUUUUUGCCAGCCUUGCCAAAAUAGGUUUUCACAUGGCGCCAAAAUUGAGCAAAAUUUUUCCCGAAUCUUGUCUACUGAUUGCUGUGGGUGUUAUUGUGGGUUUUGUUCUAUCUCACGCAAAUACCAUUGGUGAAUCACCAUUAACGCCAGAUACCUUCUUCCUUUAUAUGUUACCACCUAUAAUCCUGGACGCUGGCUACUUUAUGCCAAAUCGACUCUUUUUCGACCACCUUGGAACGAUUUUGCUAUUUGCUGUCCUUGGAACUAUAUUCAAUACACUAUCGAUAGGUGGAACAUUAUGGGCUUUGGGACAAUUUGGUAUUUAUGGAAAUAUCGAGACACCUCUCUUGGACAUGUUCCUAUUUUCGGCCUUGAUCAGUGCAGUUGAUCCGGUUGCUGUUUUGGCAGUUUUUGAAGAAAUCCACGUCAAUGAAAUUUUGUACAUAGUUGUCUUUGGCGAAAGUCUUUUAAACGACGCGGUUACAGUCGUACUUUAUCAUAUGUUCGAGGCCUACAGCGAAAUGGGUAUUCACAGAAUUAAUUACACGCACGUUUUGUCUAGCUUGGCAAAUUUUUUGAUUGUUGCAAUUGGCGGCACGAUAAUUGGAAUAAUUUGGGGAUUUGCCACUGGUUUUGUAACUAGGUUCACUCAUCAGGUUCGCGUAAUCGAGCCCAUCUUCAUUUUUAUUAUGGCCUACCUGGCUUAUCUGAAUGCCGAAAUAUUUCACAUGUCUGGAAUUCUCGCCAUUACAUUUUGUGGAAUCACAAUGAAAAAUUAUGUGGAAGCCAAUAUAUCGCACAAGUCUCACACAACAGUUAAAUACACAAUGAAGAUGCUAUCCAGUAGUUCAGAAACGAUUAUAUUCAUGUUCCUUGGUGUAGCAACUGUGAACAAUCACCAUGACUGGAAUACUUGGUUCAUAGUGAUGACCAUAGUCUUUUGUUCCAUUUAUAGGAUCAUCGGUGUAAUCGUUCUGUCUGCAGUAGCCAAUCAAUUUCGUUUGCACAAACUUGAUAAGGUGGAAAAAUUUGUCAUGUCCUACGGCGGUUUGCGGGGUGCUGUAGCCUUCGCUUUGGUCCUAUUGAUCGAUCCAUCGCACGUGAAGUUAAAAAAUAUGUUUGUUACCACUACAAUUGCUGUUAUAUAUUUCACAGUUUUCAUUCAGGGAAUCACCAUCAAGCCUCUUGUCAAGAUCCUCAACGUUAAAAGAGCAGAGAGGAGGAAGCCAACUAUGAACGAACGAAUACAUGAAAGGAUUAUGGAUCAUACGAUGGCAGGAAUCGAAGAUAUUCUAGGAAAACACGGGAACUACCAUGUCAGGGACAAAUUCAAGCGCUUUGACAACAAAUUCAUUCGUCCCUAUCUUGUGAGGGACCAUUGUGGAGCAGAGCCAAAAAUUUUGGAGACUUAUUCCAAAUUGGCAAUGAAGGACGCUCUCGAUUAUAUCAGGAGGAAUGCAUCGACCAUUGGAAAUAUAAGUGGUACCGAGAGUAUGUCCGCGAUAUUCAGGAAUUACAGCAAUACUGGUCAAUUUAAUGCCAGCCCUAGUUGUAGCCAACUGGAGGCUGGUUGGAACAUUGAUCUUCAAGAGUUGGAGUAUAAUCCUUCGAAAAAAGAUUUAACUGAUGCUAAAAUACAUCAUCUUCUCGCGGAGGAAUUAUGCAAGCCUUAUAAACGCAGAAAUCGAGAGACUUCGAAAUUGCAGCAUCGUCGCCUUAGCUACAGUCGUCAUGCCGUCGACGAUCGAGAUCUCUCGACUCAAGUCAAUUACAAGAUGCACAUGAACAUCAGACGAAUGGUGGGAGAGCACAAACAUCGUCACAAGCGCAGCAAAAAAUUGCUCAAGGAUGACGAGGGUGUCGAGUGUUCGAAUAAUCUUCUAUCACCUGAUAAUAUUCCGAGAUAUAUUUCUGAUGAAAAUGAAAAGGAUGGUAAGCAGAAUCACGUAAGUUUUCCCGAGUUUCAACAAAAUGGUUCAACGAAACUUUUUUCACAAGAUUAUAUUAACGACGUGUUGGACGAGUCGGAUAAUGGGGAUUCUUCUAAACCUCCAAACGACUGGGAAUCAGGGAUUACUUUUACUGCCCGAACCUCUGAUUCUUCAAUAACUCCUGGAGCGGAUGGACCGUCUUCUGGAGCAGAUAUCGAUGAUGAUAUCAAAACUGAUUCUAGAACUGAAGAUAGUAAAACUUUUGGAAGGGCAGAUGGCGACAGUUAUAGAGUCACUACACCAACAGCAACAGAAACUAUGUUGCCUUGGAAACGGGAGGAUGACUACGAUUCUGCCCAUCCAAUUAAACAAAAUGAAUUUCCAGCUUGGUGCUCUAAUAAGGAGUAUAUAGCUUAUAGUUCGCCUUCUGCAACAUUUCUAGGAGGAAUUGAACAACCAAAAAUUCAGUCUGUGAUUGGUCUUUUCCGAAGAGAAAGCGCUGCUACAUCCGAUACUUUAGGUUCACACGAUAUUGACGAAAGUGAAGAGUAUACAGCAUUAAGGUUUGACAAACAUAGUCCACCAAGUACUGAAGAAACGAAAAAACCUCUGACAAGGAGACGUGGUUCGAUGAUGGAGCUGGGAGCUUUAGAAUCAUCAGCAAAAGAAAAAAAUAACAAAGGAUCUCACUCUCUUCCUGAAUAUUGGAAUCCACACAGAUUGCGAUUCACUUCCUUCAGUUAUUCUGGCAAAGAACCAGCGAGUCUUUCGACUGCAUUGAUCGCAUCAUCUUCCAAUUCAUCAGUUGAACUUGAAGAGGAAGAUUGACCAAGAAGAAAGGAGUCGUUCUCCUUUGAACAACUUCGACCAAAACGAAAUCGAAGACGACGUCCUACAUCAUUAUGGUCCAAGUUGCUCGGAGAUUCAAGCUCUCCUGUCUGAAAAACAAAAAACCUAUUUUUUCACUAUAAAAACACACAUCGUUCAUUUUGUAGGAUAUAAUAAAAUAUAUUUAAACUAAUGCUAAGACCGAAACUACGCAAUACGGUGCUUUAGGACAAAAGGAUAAUAAGUUAAUGAAUGUGCGUGAAAACGGGUGGUGGUGAAUUUGUUAAAAAAAAGAGAAUGAAUUUUUUUUUUGUCAUGCUCGAACAACGCGAAAAAAUUUAAUCAAUAAACGGAAAACUAUAGGAAUUGUCGUUCGACAAAAAUAAUAGAGGGUCUGUCCAUAUCGUCGCGACAUUAACCUUCUCGAGGAAAAUUUUUUGCAUGUCUCGCUCGAUUUUAAAGAGAGAGAUGACAAAUAUUUUGUUGUUGAUAUAGUAAAAUUGAUUAGAGGAAGGCAGGAAAAAUUUCAAAUAAUUUUCAUUCAUUGAAAAUCAUGAUAUUUUUAUCUCGAGAUUUAAUGAUUUUUUUUUCUUUUUUUUUUUUUUUUUGGUAUUUAAAUUUAAUUUCACAUUCAAUUCCAUUUAUGAUUAUAAUAUUCAAAUGAAAAAUUUUACCUGCCUUCAAUUAAGCUCAAAUGUCAGGGAAAAUUGAAGGUUGUUUAAAAAAAUAAUAUACUGUUGUUGAGCUCAGAGGUGGUAAAUUUCUGAACAUGCAUUCUAUAUUCUGAAAUUUAGAUAUAAAAAGAUAAUUGACAUUAAAUAAAAUAAUUAUUUUGUCAAAAAAACAAGUAAAAAGUAAUAAAUAUGCAGAAUUAGAAGAAAAAAAGUAAACCUUCUCAAUUUUUUUAAUAAUAAUAACAAAAAAAAAGAAGAAAAUAUCAAGUCUCUUUAAUGGAAAUGGAAAUUUCAAUACACAUAUUUCCCUAUUUUUUUACUGUUUGCAAACACUGAUCAAUUUUAAAUAAUAGUCAAUAUUGAAUUGCAAUAAAAAAAAAUUUUAGACACGUAGAUUUCUUUUACUAUAUGUUCCGACAUGUAAUAAAUAAUAAUAAUAAUAAUCAAUAAUUGAUUAAAUCAGAAAUAGAAAAUCAAAACUUGUAUCAAAUAUUAAAUAAGAAAUAAUAUGAUGUCGGAAGAAAAAAAUUUUAAGCAAUUAAUAAUAAUCUAUUGAUUAGUGUGAGAAAAAAAACAACGCUGAAUAUUCGCAUAAAAAAGAAAUAUGCAAAAUUUAGGGGGAAAAAAGCACUAUUUUUUCGAGCAUUUUAGAUACUUGCCUGGCUUCGAGCUCGCAGACAUGCUUGUAAAUAUCGUGUAUUAUAAAAAGAAAGUUACAAACUGUAAUAUAUAGACUAGUAAGUAGUAGAAAGUUUAAUAAAGAAAAAAAAAAAACGCUGAAAACUUAGAAAGAAAAUUGAUUCCCUUCUUGAAAAGUCAUGAUUUCCAUAUCUAACAACAAUUUCGCUUAAUACUGUUAUUAUCAUAUAAAAAAAGGGACGAAACAGUAAAUGAUAUAAUAAACUUCUUCUCUACAUUUCAUACAAAUUUCCAUAUCCAAAUAUAUUUCAUUAUUUGGAUUUAAUUCACAAAUGAUAUAUUUAUAUAAAUUAUUUAAAAAAAAAUUAAUAUCCAUUAAGCAAGAAUCUCUAACAAAUUAAUCGCAUUAUUAUAAUAUUAUAUAUAUAUAGUAAAAGACCAUCGCAAAAAGGGAUCUAUAACACAGGGUGUGAUUUUUUCUCACAAAUGUUUUUUACAUUACAAAAAUGAUUAAAAGAAAAAUAUAUUUUUCUGCAAGUGAAACUAAAAUCACUGACUAUAUUUCCAGAUGUUCAAUUUAUUUGAAGAUAUUUUAAUGAAAUUUUAAAUCCAUUGUAAAUAGUUUUUAAACAAAAUUUUACUUCUAAAAUGUUAUUAAAAAGCUAUAAAUUAACAUUUUUUAUAUGUAAUUUAAAAUAAUUCUUCUCUGCUUUUUAGUUUCAAAUAAAAAUUUUCUUGAAUAUAUAAUACAUAUAUAUAAUAAAUUAGUGAAUUUAAUAUUUGAAUUCGGUUAAUUCUAUUUUUAACAGAUUAGAUAAUUUUGAAAUUAAAAAAGAAAAAUUUCUCAUGACUAAUCUUGAAGGGAAUCGGAAAAUCGUUUUAAAAAUGCACAUAUGGACAGCUCGCAUCGAACUUAAGAAAAUUAUAUUAAUUAUAGCCUUAUAAAUAAUGCGACGCAUGUACUUACAUUAUUUAGUUAAAUACAUAUAAGUAGGACAUUAAGUCAGUUUUACACGAAUUUGAUGCAACGUCAUGUGGCGAUGUCGAGAAAAAAGAUACAGGUGUCCUUUUUCCAAUAAAAAUCAGGUUUUAAAUCCUAGACCAAUAAUAACAUUUAGGAAUUGAUGUCUUCAGAACUGAAAAGUAUAAAAGCCGAUUAAGACUAAAUUAAAUUAGUAAAAAUAAAAUAAAUCAAAUUCUCUUUAAAGAAAAAUAUUGUAAAUUAAAUAAAAAUAAAAUAGAUAUUUUUUUAAAAACA